AUGUACAAAGCUCUGAAGGGCGUCUCGGCUAGUAUGGAAACGUCAAUGGAGACUACUUCCGAGCCUACAAGUUCAGACAGCGAGUUGACUACAAAGACAGGAACGACAGGAGAGAGCAACGCCCAAGAGACUACCUCACCUGCUGAACUGUCUUCAAACUCUUCUGCCCCCACAGGAGCUAUUGUCGGCGGUGUUCUUGGGGGGCUUGCCAUACUCGCCUUGAUUGGCUUCGGUCUUUGGUUCAUACGCCACAAAAAGCGUCAAGCAGGUAAUGGAUCCCAUGUGGUCGCAACAAUCGAUCAGCCUCCAGUUGCCCCUUAUCACCCGCAACAGUCUGCCACCCACGCCCUAGGUGAGGCGAACUAUCAGCCUCUGGCGUCAGGCCUUUCGCCCGAGCCAAAGGCAUACUCGCCUUCUUCUAACAUGCGGCAUUCGGCCUUCAAUGAAGUCCAACCUUUCCAUCAUGAUAGCACAAGCCCGUUUGGAUAUCGCUGA